CCGAGCCUGCAUCUUGCCGUUGCCAUCCUUGAAGGAGCGUAUCUCCAGCCCGCUCUUGAUCGUCCUCUCCGGGGCAUCUCUCGCUGCCAUCCUCGCCGUCCAGUGACUCGUCAAGGUCGUCGAGUUGCUUCAAGUCGUCGCCAACUUUUUGCCGAGUGACGCUGCUCCCCUCCUCGACUCGAAGCAUGGCCAUCGUCAACGGCCAUCAGCCAGAAGCGAGCACGUCGACGUCAGUCACCAAGCCAGCAGAGGGUAUGUACGCCCGACUGCCGAAGCACUGCAUCCUCCCAGACGGCACACCGGAUUAUGUUCGACUUGCCCUCACGUCUCGAGUCUAUGAGCUCGUACAGCCCACACCACUCAAUCCGGCAGUGUCACUGUCCAGCAGGAUGGGCUGCCAGAUCCUCAUGAAGCGUGAAGAUCUGCAACCCGUCUUUAGCUUCAAGAUCAGAGGCGCUUACAACCUCAUGUCUGCUCUCACCGAAGACGAACGAUGGCGGGGUGUCAUUGCUUGCUCUGCAGGCAAUCACGCGCAAGGUGUCGCUCUUGCAGGCAGCAAGCUCGGUAUAGCUUGUACUAUCGUCAUGCCCCUCAAUACCCCCGCCAUCAAAUGGCUCAACGUCGAACGCUACGGCGCUAAAGUCGUCUUGCACGGAACAGACUUUGACGAAGCCAAGCUCGAAUGCGCGCGGUUAGCUCACGCGCACCAACUCGUCAAUAUACCCCCCUACGAUGAGCCAUACGUCAUCGCAGGCCAAGGCACGAUCGGUGUAGAGAUACUACGACAGACCAAUCCUGACGAGCUCGAUGCCAUCUUUGUCUGCGUGGGUGGCGGUGGACUCCUGGCAGGCGUAGCAGCCUACGUCAAGCAGAUCGCGCCCCCGCGAGUGAAGGUCAUUGGCGUGGAGACUUACGAUCAGAACGCGCUCACGGCUAGUCUGAGAGGGACCGAACGUGUCUCACUCAAGGAGGUCGGCCUCUUUGCCGAUGGCACGGCAGUACGCAUCGUCGGCGAAGAGACCUUUCGCGUUUGUUCAAACUUUGUCGACGAGAUGGUGUCUGUCUCCAACGACGAAGUCUGCGCAGCCAUCAAGGACAUCUUCGAAGAUACGCGAGCGAUUUCGGAACCUUCGGGCGCCUUGGCCGUAGCGGGCAUGAAGAAGUACAUCCAGCAAAACCAACUUGUCGGGUCCAACAAACGCUUCGUUGGCAUUGUCUCGGGCGCCAAUAUGAACUUUGACAGGUUGCGCUUCGUCGCCGAGCGCGCAGAGCUGGGCGAGAAGCGAGAAGCGCUCAUCUGCGUCACCUUGCCCGAGCAGGAAGGCUCAUUUCUCAAGCUACACUCUUGCAUCCACCCUAGAAGCAUCACCGAGUUCUCGUAUCGCUACUCCUCACCCGCAGAAGCACACGCCAUCUUUGCAUUUCAUCUUGCAGCGGGACAAGUGCCGGGCUUGGGCAUAGUCGAUUCGCCACAGGCAGCGCGACAGGCCGAACUAGAACAGAUCAUGCAGAGCAUCGUUGCUGCCGGUAUGAAAGUGACCGAUCUGAGCGAGAACGAGCUCGCGAAAUCUCACGCUCGCUACCUUGUCGGCGGCAGAAAAUCGAUACCGAACGAGCGCGUCUUUCGGUUUGAGUUUCCCGAGCGACCGGGUGCGUUGCGAAAGUACUUGCAAGGCAUCAGUCAGGGUCUCUUCAAUGUCACCCUUUUCCAUUAUCGAGGGCAGGGCGGAGAUGUGGCAAGAGUGCUUGCGGCGAUACAAGUACCACCUGAGCGCACAGGAGCCUUUGAGGUCUUUCUCAGCGAGCUGGGUUACAAGUAUGCGGAAGAGACGGACAACCCAGUCUACAGGAUGUUCUUGCAAGAGUGAUUGCAUAGUCUACGUCCUUGCCUCAGCGCAUAUACAUACUCCUUCAUGCCUGCUCCGUGCGUAUUUGCAUUCUUCUACCUCACUCGUUUGCGUGUCUGCUGUUCCUGAC